GUCUGGAGCCAGUCGGCAGCCGCCCCCAUUGUGACCCCAGGCAUGUACGUUCUCAGCAACAACGGCGAGAACAGAGUAUCGGGUGAGACACAGAACAUUCACGGAGUGAGAUAUUCUGCGCCAGCAGAACAUCAGCGACCAUGGCCACGCACGACAGCCAGCCGCUCAACAAGGAGCCGCCCAUCGCCAAGCUCAUGUCCUCCUUCAUCACCAGUGAGGGCUACGACCGCAACCACGGGCCCUUGCCGUCUGCUGAGCAGCUGGACGAGGGAAGCCACCAGGUCCUCGUCGAUGGCUUCGUCCACAAAACCCUCAGCCUCAGCAUUGCAGACCCCAGGGACAGCUUCCCCCAGCACGAGGUGGUUUGUGCCCUGCAAUGCGCGGGCAACCGGCGUCACGACAUGCGCACCACCGUCAAGGAGGUUGACGGCAUCGACUGGCUCGACGGCGCCGUCAUGAACUGUCGCUGGCGGGGACCCACGCUCAAGGACAUCUUGAACCGAGCCGGCAUCAAUCUCGAAACUUCGCAGAUCCCUGCAGCUCACGUCGCCUUCGCGUCCGAGGUUGUCGAAUGCGAGAAGGAUUUGUGGUACGGCGCUUCCAUCCCGCUUGAGCGGGCCCUAGACAUGAGCAAAGAGGUCGUCCUCGCGCUCGAGCGCAAUGGGCGGCCUCUCGACAUACGCCACGGCUUCCCGGUCCGGGUCAUCGUCCCAGGCGUCGCCGGAGCCCGUGCAGUCAAGUGGCUCGACAGGAUCACUGUGCAGCUGCAGGAGAGCAACAACUUUUACAUGCAAAGGGACUACAAGGCCCUGCCGCCAGACGCCAAAGACGGGCAGUCGGCCGAGCCGUUCUGGGCGACCACGCCGCCGGUGCAGGAGAUGCCCGUCAAUUCUGUCAUAUCACACCCGCGGACAGGCGACACGGUCAAGCUCGACGCCUCGGGCAGGGUUGAGUGCCGUGGCUACGCGCUCCCGGGGGGCGACGGGGGUCCAGUCGUCAAGGUUGAGGUCAGUACUGACCGUGGCAAGACAUGGACACUGGCCGAGAUUGAGAACCACGGCGACGACAACAAGUGGACAUGGGUGUUUUGGAAGGCCUCGGUUGUGUUUGACAGGAAAAUGGGCGGCACAAUCCACAGCAGGGCGACGGACGCGCUGGGCAACACACAGCCGGAGGACCCGCCAUGGAAUCUGCGAGGCGUGUGCUACAACGGAUAUGGUGAAGCCAAGGAUCUCAAGUUCGCAUAGAAAAUGAGGGCCAUGGGAGCUGGGCAAAUUGAUCAAA